AUGUGGCUACGAUCUAAACCGGAGAAAACGUAUUUCGUAUCAUCCGAUAUUUCUCAAGGGGGUCGAAUAGACGUUCCGUUAAUCUCAACCAGCCGUCAAAAAAUACCACCUUAUCAUCUAGCAUUCAUCCAGGUCACGGUUCCGUCAUCCAUUACUACAGACAGUUGGGAUGCAUCGAUAACAUCCGUCGGUCGAAAAAUUCACACUGCCAAUAGUUGGAUUCGAAUUAAAGAUCGAAAAUCAUUCGUACAAGUCGCUAACUGCUCCGCAUCGUCUUCGUACAUUCGCCCGGGACAAAAGGUUGCAUUAGCAGAUCUUUUAGAAUACUCGUCGCAAAAUAAAGACUCCGCAAAUGAAUAUCAAUCAGAAUCACCCAUGCCGAAACAAAAAGGAUUAGAUAAAGAUAUAGAAGAAACAAACAGAGGCAAUGGAGCAGAAGAUAGAGGUCUGUUUUCUCUUUCUCUAGCUAAUGACAUGUUGUCUGCUGAAGGUUUCCCUAUUAGAGGCACUAGCGAGGCUAAGGAUUGCUUAGUACCCUUGCAGGAACCCCCGAAAAGAACCGAAAGCAAGAGAACCGCGAUUCCGGUUCCUCCUACAGAACCGAACUGCGGUUCCGGUUCCCCAUGA